UGAAAGCAAACACGCACCAUCAAAGCAUCAUAAAAACUAGGCAAAAAAAAAAAAGAAAAAAAACAAACAAACAUGUCCUAUACCAAUGAGAAAGAGAAUCAUGUGGUUGAAUCUCACACCCCACAAAUAGAUGACAAUGAUACACUCUCUGCUAUGGUACUUGGUGCAAAUAUGGUGUUUCCUGCAGUUCUUAACGCUGCAAUUGAACUCCAUUUAUUUGAUAUCAUUGCUAAGGAAAGUAAUGGUGGAUUCAUGUCAUCCUUUGAAAUUGCUUCAAAGCUACCAACACAGCAUUCUGAUUUACCGAAUAGGCUUGAUCGCAUGUUUCGAUUGCUUGCAAGCUACUCUCUUCUGUCUGUUUCUUCUCGGACCAAUGAUGAUGGUAGCAUAGUGAGAGUUUAUGGGAUCACACCAUCUGGUAAAUAUUUUGUCAAGUAUGAAAAUGGUGAUAGUUAUUUGGGCUCAUUCACAUCAUUUUUGUCUCACCCUGCUUUGUCAAUGGUGUGGUUGAAUUUUAAGGAAGCAGUAAUUGAUCCAGAGAUUGAUCUAUUCAAGAAAGUUAAUGGAAUAUCAAAGUAUGAGUACUUUGGGAAAGAUCCACAAAUAAACCAGUUAUUUAACAAAUCAAUGACUGAUACAUGCAAUGUUCACAUGAAAAGAAUCCUUGACAUAUACAAAGGAUUUGAGGGGGUAUCAACUUUGGUUGAUGUAGGAGGUGGCAAUGGACAAACUCUCAAGUUGAUUAUUGCCAAAUACCCAUCAAUAAAGGCAAUCAAUUUUGACCUUCCACAAGUGAUUGACAAUGUAUCACCCUUUUCUGGGAUUGAACAUGUUGGAGGAAGUAUGUUUGAGAGUAUUCCACAAGGAGAUGCCAUAAUACUUAAGGCUGUAUGCCACAACUGGUCGGAUGAAAAAUGCAUAGAAAUCUUAAGCAAUUGUUACAAAGCUUUACCUCCAAAUGGAAAGGUUAUUCUCAUAGAGCUCACACAACCAGAAGAUCCAGAACCAACAAAUGCAUCUCAAAUGAUUUCAAUUCUCGAUAACAUCAUGUUUAUCACAGCUGGUGGAAAGGAAAGAACUCCAAAAGAGUAUGAAAAUUUAGGUAAAAGGUCUGGAUUUUCUAAGCUUCAAGUUGCUUGUUGUGCUUUCUCCAUCAUCGGAGUGAUGGAACUUUACAAAUAACCAAGUCACGCAUUGAUUACAACUCGACCUAUAAAUGCAGAUCUGAACUUCCUCAUGUUCCUCUAAUUUAUUGUGUCUGAACUCUAAAGUUGUCGCUUGCAAUUGAGCUUGUUCCAUUGCAUCAUUCCAUUUUUUUUUUCAUUUUCACUGUUGAAUUUUCCUUUCUUUUAAUUUAUUGUGUUUUCCAUUUCUUUUCAUGUAUCAAUAUUUCAUGUAAUAUUUCAAACCUUCGUGUGAAUGUUGCUAUUAUUCCAUAUGGAAAUUGUUAUUGACUUCUUGUUUUGGCUAUUAA